AUGGAGUCUCACAAUGCAACACCUGUGCCUCUCCCUUGGUUGGCCACCAUUGGGAUGGUCCCCUUGUUCUUCCUCGUUCUCAUGGACAGAUUGCCCCCGAUCUGGCCAACAUCCAAGAUGGCCUCAAUGAUCGGACAGAAACAACCAGAGAAUGUCACCGCGAUUGAAUGUCCAUAUACUUACAUUCGGCAGAUUUAUGGCAAACACCACUGGGCCCCGUUCGUGAAUAAACUUUCGCCGUGCCUGAAGAAUGACGACCCGGAAAAAUAUCGAAUGGUGCUGGAGAUCAUGGAUGCGAUCCACUUGUGUUUAAUUCUGGUUGACGAUAUUUCGGACAAUAGUGACUACCGGAAAGGCAAGCCGGCAGCCCACAAGAUUUAUGGCCCGUCCGAGACUGCAAAUCGUGCCUAUUACCGCGUGACCCAGAUCCUGAACGAGACAGUCCAGAGGUUUCCGAGAUUGGCGCCAUUUUUGAUGCAAAACCUGGAGGAGAUACUCCAGGGUCAGGAUAUCUCUUUGGUCUGGAGACGAGACGGCUUGAGUAGUCUACCGACGCAAGCCGACGAACGAGCCGCUGCCUAUCGAAAGAUGGCCUCGCUAAAAACCGGCGCUUUGUUCCGACUCCUUGGACAAAUAGUUCUGGAGAACAAGUCUGCGGACAAGACAUUGACCACUGUUGCGUGGUGCUCUCAGCUGCAGAAUGAUUGCAAAAACGUCUAUUCAUCAGACUACGCCAGGUCAAAGGGGUCUCUUGCUGAAGAUCUGAGAAACAGGGAGCUGUCCUACCCGAUCAUCCUGGCUCUAGAGGCCCAAGGGGGUGACCGGGUAGCCAAAGCAUUGGAAUCGGGUUCUCCACGCAACAUCCGAAAGGCGUUGCGAGUAAUCCAGAGCGAAGGUGUACGAGACGCAUGCCUCGAAGAGCUGAAAACAUGCGGGGCGUCGGUGCAGGAUUGGCUUUCAGUUUGGGGAAGGGAUGAAAGGAUGAAUCUGAAAAGCUAA